GCGGAGGAUCUCCGCAGGCGGUCAUCGCCAAGGCCUCCAGGGACAUGCCGGUGCCUCGGUUGGACCGCGGCUGCGAACGGAGGCUGUGGGAGCCCAGGCAGAGCGCGCCGUGUGCGCCGCUCUCGUCGGCCGCGCCCAGCCCCCUUCCCGUGUUGUCCUCCCUCCCAGUGGCGGCGCCCCUGUCGGAGAUGUGCAUCGUCCAGAGGUCGGCUGGCAUGGAGGAUUUGGAGCGUCGUCUCCAGCUUGCGGUGGUCGUGUAUGUGGGGAAUGCCAGACCACCGGUGUCAUGUGAAGAGGCAACGGUGAUGCUUGCUGCUCAGCUGGACAUUCCUCGGCAUCGAUUUUUGGUUCACAAGUUUUUCCUGGAGGACUUUCUGGUCGUUUUUGCUUCGCAUGAGUUCAGGAACAAAGCGCUGGCAAGCCCGGUGGUCCAGCAUCAGGGGGUUCAGCUCCACAUCAAGCCAUGGCCGCGCCAGGCUCAUGCGACGGCUAGGUCCAUGCGUGUUCAAGCUGAUAUUUUGAUUGAGGGUGUGCCUUCCCAUGCUUGGACCAAGGAUACGGCAGCGGAGCUGCUCGGCAGCUCCUGCCUGAUUGAUAGCCUUGCGCUGGAGACAGAGAAUCACGAGAAUCUCUCCCUCUUCAAGCUGAGAGCUUGGUGCGUUGAUCCGGAUGAGGUGCUGGUCAGCCGCCGGCUACGGGUUCCAGAACCAGAGCCGGUGGCUGCGGAUACAGCGGAGCGGCGUCCUUCCUUCUGGCAGCUAUUGGAGUAUCCCACGCUGACCCACAUUGGGAGGUUAAGAGAUUUCUCACCGCCGGAGCUCGAACGUGGACAGUGAUAGUGUUGGGGAACGCAGUAUUUCAAAAUUUUUCUAUAAUCACGCAAGAUCUAUCUAGAAGAUGCAUAGCAACGAGCGGGGAUAGUGUGUCUACGUACCCUUAUAGA